UGCGUUUGACGUGUCAAGACGUUCAUAUUUAAAUUUGUAUUGUUCGCCAUUUUAACAUGGGAACAACGUGGUCUGUCAUAUUCGCUAGUCACCACCAGAGGGUGCUAAAAGUCCAUUUCAUUAUUUCUGUCAUGUCUUGUAUUGUAUUUUGUAUUUUUCUAUGCUCUAUUUCAUAAAUAUAUAAAAAUGGAUGAUGUUGGUUAAAAACCAAGUUAAAAAUAUGUUGUAUUGAAUUAAUUGUAAUACCAUUAAAGAUAAAAGCAAGUUAAAACCACUAUACGAUCACACACGAAAAAAGAAUACUGUUAAAAACCAUUGUAUUAAGUUACAUCUGUAAUUGCAUUUCAUGUAAUUGUAAAAAUAUGAAAAUGUUAUGUACUUGGGCAGACUUCCUGUACACUGCUAAUGACAUCAAAACCAGCGAAGGUGCUAACCACAUAUUGUGUGUAUGUGCGUUCUGAUCACUCAUUGCAGUAAAGAACCACAUCAUCCAAUCCAGCCUGUGUGUGGCUUCUUGGCGGGACGGGUACACAGCAGUUACAUAAGGCUUCCAAGGAAGAGGUGGACCCAAAGGAGACAUUUUUUCUGCUUGAAGGGAGACCCUGGUGUGGAGGGGAUGGCUGGUGAGAAAGGUGAAAGGGGUAUGUCUGGAGAACCUGGCCCUAAAGGACAGGUGAGUUGUGUAUGAUCAUGUGUUAACUAAAUAUACACUUCAUGCACUUGUAUUCAGCCUACAUUUGUUUGCAGCACAGAGUGAGGGGAGACCUUGGACAUAACGGUCCAACUGGAGACUGUGGGAAGCCAGGUGAUCUAGGACCCCUUGGACUGCCUGGUCCUUGGGGGUUGAACGGCAUGAGAGGAGUGCCUGGCAUGCCGGGUAUUGAGGGUCCACCGGGACAAGAUACAUCUGACCAGCAUGUUAUUGAUGUGGUGCUAAGAAUGUUGCAAGAGAGGCUGGCAGCAGUAGCAGUGAGCACUAAAAGGGCUGUGCCAUGGGACCCCCCCAGCUCUCCUGGACCUCCGGGAUCAACGCUUCCACAAGGACCACAUGGUUUGCCUGGUUCUUGAGGAAUUCCUGGGAUGAUAAGAGCGGACGGACAGAUCGGAAACACAGGUCU